ACAUGUUUUUGUUGUUUGUAAUCGCAGCAGAUCGUUGGUUCGCGGUUGCCAAGUGAACUUUGAAGCCAAACUGCCGAAUCGUGACAGAUCGGUAGUCUGUUUGUGCGAAUGAUUCGGUACCUACGUGUAUACCUGCCGAUUAUGUAUUCAGUGCCCAUUAUAAUUGAGAGUGAGAAAAGUUGGGUGUGUGUCCAUUCAUGAAAGUGUUGUGAGAACUAGGUACUUAUAUUAAUUAAAACGUAAACUAAUAACGAGGAAUACCUAUCUACACGGAAAAUGGAGAUCCUGUUGAGGACAAAUGAGGAGGAAAUGGACGCGGACAUGGAGGGGGCGGGGCGGAACAUGUUGGACGACAUGCCGCCGAUCAACUACGAGGCGCUGCAGGGCGACGUCGCUCCCGGCUGCAACGACGUUGGUGAUAUGACCUUCUGCAUGGGCAACUACGUGUCCGACUUUAUGAAGAUGAUGUUCACAAUGCGAUCACACCACAUGCUCACAGACGUAGUACUGGAGGUGGGCAGCGAGCUAUUUCAUGUCCACAAGGUCGUCCUGGCCGCCGGCAGCCCUUAUUUCAAGGCGAUGUUCACAAGCGGUCUGAAAGAGUGCGAGAUGUCGCGCGUGCGGCUACAAGGCGUGUGUCCGUCGGCCAUGGCGUGGCUCGUGUACUUCAUGUACACGGGCAAGGUGCGCAUCACGGAGGUCACCGUGUGCCAGCUGCUUCCCGCCGCUACUAUGUUCCAGAUAUCGAACGUGAUCGAGGCGUGCUGCGCGUUUCUGGAGCGUCAGCUGGCGCCGUCUAACGCCAUCGGCAUCGCCAACUUCGCGGAGCAGCACUGCUGCAGCGAGCUCAAGCAGAAGGCCAACCAGUUCAUUGAAAGGCGAUUCACAGAGGUCUGCCAGGAGGAGGAGUUUCUUCAGCUGACCCCGUCGGAGCUAAUAGCGCUGGUGCGGAAAGACGAGUUGAACGUGCGAGAGGAAUGCGAGGUCUACAAUGCCGUGCUCAGUUGGGUGACACCUCACGCCCAACUUCCUCAAGGAGCAGAUGAGCUCCUGUUCCGUGCUGCAGAAGGUGCCCGCCUGUCGGGAGUACCUCGCGAAGAUAUUCCAGGUGAGACCACAUGCAGCACAUCCUGCAGCUGCCAGCACCUCACACCCAACUUCCUCAAGGAGCAGAUGAGCUCCUGUUCCGUGCUGCAGAAGGUGCCCGCCUGUCGGGAGUACCUCGCGAAGAUAUUCCAGCUGCCAGCACCUCACGCCCAACUUCCUCAAGGAGCAGAUGAGCUCCUGUUCCGUGCUGCAGAAGGUGCCCGCCUGUCGGGAGUACCUCGCGAAGAUAUUCCAGGUGAGACCACAUGCAGCACAUCCUGCAGCUGCCAGCACCUCACACCCAACUUCCUCAAGGAGCAGAUGAGCUCCUGUUCCGUGCUGCAGAAGGUGCCCGCCUGUCGGGAGUACCUCGCGAAGAUAUUCCAGGAUUUGACAUUACACAAGAAGCCGGUUGUGAAGGAACGGCGGCCUAACACUCCACGCAUCAUAUAUGUAGCGGGGGGCUAUUACCGACACUCCAUCGACGUGUUCGAAGCGUUUAACCUGGACGAUGGCUGUUGGACGACGCUGCCGCGGCUCACCGUGCCGAGAUCGGGGCUGGGUGCGGCAUUCCUUAAGGGUCUGUUCUACGCGGUAGGCGGCCGGAACACGUCCCCGGGUGCCUCGUACGACAGCGACUGGGUGGAUGUGUACAACCCUGCCAACGAACACUGGCGGCCCUGCAGUCCCAUGUCCACGCCGAGGCACAGGGUGGGAGUAGCGGUAAUGGAUGGACUAUUGUACGCGGUGGGAGGAUCGGCGGGGUCGGAAUAUCACAAAUCUGUGGAAUGCUACGACCCCGAAAAAGACGCGUGGUCGACCGUGGCGCCGAUGGCGUGCGCGCGGCUCGGCGUCGGCGUAGCCGUCGUCAACCGCUUGUUAUACGCCGUCGGCGGGUUCGACGGCGCGCGGCGGGUUAACACCGCCGAGUGCUACCACCCUGAGAACAACCGCUGGUCAGAGAUCGCGCCCAUGCAGCAAGCUAGGAGUGGUGCCGGCGUGGCGGCGUUAGGGCAGUAUAUCUACGUGGUGGGCGGGUACGACGGAUCGCAGCAGCUGGCGUCGGUGGAGCGCUACGACACGGAGCGCGACGUGUGGGAGCCCGCGGCGCCCGUGCGCAUCGCGCGCUCAGCGCUGUCGCUCACCGCGCUCGACAACCGCCUGUACGCCAUGGGAGGGUACGACGGCACAUCAUUCCUAGACAUCGUAGAAGUAUACGACCCGCACACGAACAGCUGGACCUUGGGCACGGCGCUGACGUCCCUCCGGUCGGGGCACGCGUCCGCGGUGUGCUACACGCGCGUGUGCCCCGACCUCGAGCCCGACGCGCGCGUGCUACCCGCCGGCGCGCAGGACAUACCCAUGGCCAACAACAUCAUAGGCACGCUAUCCAAUAACAACUGCAGGGGGUGCUUAUAGCACCAGUGAACGUGACCGAGUGAGGCAGCUAAGUGUUCCGAGACUAUAUGUUACCACAAUCUCGAUUCCUAAGGACUUAUUUUCUUUCUAAGGGCUUAUUUAGACGGCCCGCGAACUUUUAUGCGAUUUUACAGCCUGGCAAAAAGUAGAAAAUAAUAGGGGCGCCACCGUCUAUGUAAAUCGCU